UCGUGUGAAAAACUCAUUCGUAAAACGCAUACCGGCUUGGCUUGACUAAAUUCAUUCAACUGACAUUCGAUGAACGCACUCGUACGUAGUGAAGUUAACACUUAGCACACAACAUUUUUAGUCGAAAGAAAUUGAAACACCUGAUGAAAUGAAUAGACAAGUAAAACGAGAGCUAAUUAUAAAAAACGCGUUGGAAGUACUGCAAAAUGUGUUGCCAACCAAUAUCAUGGAAAAUUUCGAGCGAUUGGAUGAAGAAGAUGAAAAUUCGGGUGAAACGCCAGAUGAUUUGGAUGAAGAUCGAUUUUUCUAUGAGUAUUUAACUGCACAACAGACACCAAAGAUCAUCCCGAAAACCAAACCAGUGGAUAAUAAUGAUUCGUUGACUUACUUCGAAAUCGUGGAACAAGAAAUGAUGUUAUCACUGCCAAUCACAAAGUAUAACAUUGAGCUCCUCAAGUUGAUUUUAGAAGACUUUGGUGAGAUCACGGCAUCGUUCAUUGCCAGCCUAAAUCUGCAGACGAUAAAUCAACUCACAAAUAUCUUGUUGUAUGCAUUGAUGACAGGAGAAAGUUCUGAAAAGACUGAAGAAACUCUCUGCCUCGAAACGGGAACAGUGAAUAAAGUGCUUGGUGCAAUCUGUGAGAUUAUUGCUGAUAAGAAAGAUGCAUUUAUCCAUUGGCCAAAUGCAAAGGAAAUCAGGCAAAAUGUACGGCAUUUCGAGCGAUACGAUGAAUAUGGUCAAUAUGAAUUUUAUAACGUAUUCGGUGCAAUUGGCACGAUGGAAUUUCAAGCUAAACCACCAUUGCCCAAUUAUCUAUCUGUUCCGACGACCCAUGGAAAUUCUACGUAUACACCGAUCAAGUGGCAGUGUUCGUGUGAUGUCAGUGGUUUUCUUCAGUCAAGUUCGGUGACGGUGCCCAAAAAAGAGAAUGAAACCAAAAAUAGUUAUGUAUUCGAAAUGAACCCAGUCAAAUCAAAAUUGGAAGCAAUGAAAGAGGAAGAAGUUUAUUUGGUUGCAGAUGAAACAUUGACAUUGAUUCCAUUCUUAUUGACACCACACGAGAAGCUGCUGCUUUACGCUGAACAGCACAACAGAGCACUGGAGUCUAAAAGGAAGGUUAUUGAUAAGACUUUUGACAAAAUUCUUAGUCGAUUUUCGAUUCUCCGUCGAAUCGAACUUCGAGACGCACACAGUAUUCGUAAUUUAAUUGAAACAGUGGGUAUUUUACACAACUUCUUCUUAAUUCAGGGCGAUCAACUGUAUAAUUUAGACUGAAAUUUUGAAAUUUAAAAUUUUGAAUUAACUUUUGAAAUUUGAGUUAAGAAAAACGUUCCAUUUUUUUUUUGUUAGCAUUUAAGUCAUACUUUGUUCUAUAUUUUCAUUUAAAACAACAACUAACAGUCAAUAAAUACGUUUACAACGUGUAAAAAUA